AUGCCCAAUCUCACGAGAAUAACAGGAUUCAUCCUUACGGGGCUUUCAGACACCCAGGAGCUACAGACUGUCUGUGGAGUAUUCUUCCUGGUAGUGUACCUAACAAUCCUGAUGAGUAACUUCCUUAUCGUCACUCUCAUCACCCUGGAUCUGAAGCUCCAAACACCCAUGUACUUCUUCCUGAAGAAUUUGUCCUUGUUUGACAUCUUCUUUGUGUCUGUCCCAAUCCCAAGUUUCUUUGUCAACAGUCUAACUCACAACAAUUUUAUUUCCAUUCCUGGCUGUGCCUUCCAGAUACUUUUUAUGACUUCUUUUUCAGCAAGUGAGACAAUUGUCCUGACUGCCAUGUCCUAUGACCGCUAUGUUGCCAUCUGCUGUCCCCUUCACUAUGAGGUCAUUAUGAGUAGUCGAACCUGUAUGCUGAUGGUGGGUAUUUCCUGGGCUACUGGAGCACUCUUUGGAGCCAUAUAUACAGCUGGAACAUUUUCCAUGCCUUUCUGUGGCUCCAAUGUGAUCCCACAGUUUUUCUGUGAUGUCCCCUCAUUGCUAAGGAUUUCAUGCUCUGAAACACUUGCGGUCGUUUAUUCAAGUCUUGGAAUUGGAGUUUGUGUAGGCUUGUCUUGUUUCAUCUGUGUUGUGAUCUCUUACUUUCACAUUUUCUCCACUGUGCUUAAGAUUCCUACUACUAAGGGUCAGUCCAAAGCAUUUGCCACAUGUGUUCCCCACCUCACUGUUUUCACUAUUUUCAUUGCUGCUGCUUGCUUUGUCUAUCUGAAGGCUCCCUCAGAUGUACCGUCAGUCACAGACAAGCUUUUUUCCGUUCUCUACACUGUAUUACCUCCAGCUCUCAAUCCUUUGAUCUACAGCCUGAGGAACAGGGAUAUCAAGAGUACUCUGAGGAGGUUACUUCAAAAUCUCUGCCCAAGGGGUUCACUUCAUUUAACACUUCAAAUUAUCUGUCAGUGGUAUAGUGCCUCACAAGUUACAAGAAAGUUUUUAUAA